AUAGGAGUUUUGCUUACUCAAACAUGUUCUGAGGGCAGAAAGGAAAAUGAUUGGUUAACAGCUUCAUCCAAUGAAACCGAAGCAAGGGCGGGGUCAAGACGUUUGAACGUGCUGCGGAGGGAUUGAGGUAUACGUUACGUUACGCGGAAUACAAGACAUAUAUUUUUGUGGGAUAACGCAUUUAUUGCAAGGAAGCACUGAGUACAAACAAAAUGAAUGUUUUACACUUUUUGAUCUCGGGAAAGUUAAGCUCUGAUACCAAAAUUGGGAAAAUAGGGCCAUAUUCCCUAUAUAUCAGCAGCUUUCAAUCUCUUUUACAAAACCAGCAACUUCCUGAUGAGAUCAUGGAUGCCAUAUUUUACCUGCUCAGCAUGAAGACAACAGGUUUAGUGGCAAUCAGUUGCCACACCUUGAACAAUAUUCUUGAUGGGAAGGUCAGGGCAACAAGUCAUAAUUUUGUAAAGAAUAACAUUCUUAAAAAGGCAGACGUUGUUAUUGGUCCAUACCUGGAGGGAGGGAAUCACUGGACUUUCUUUCACUGCAACAUCGUGGAUAGAACAAUAACCUACCUAAAUUCCUUUGGUGAGCAGAAAGAGAAUUGUCAGAAAAUAGCUGAGAAUUGGAGGAUGUUUGCCGAAGCAAAGGGAAUCCCGGGAACAUGGGACAUUUGCACAAGAGACCAUGCCAUUCAGAGAGAUAUAAUUUCUUGUGGCAUCUUUACAGCUGUGUUUGCAGAGGCUCUUCUUCGAGGGGGCCAGGGCUAUAUUAACUGCUCUUCACUUCAUGAGGAAAGAGAAAGACUAGCAAUUCUGCUCUUCACUUCACUUGAAAUGUCAGGCAUUUGUGGUGUCUGCCAUAAGGCUGUUGCUAAGAGCAAGGCCAAAUGUUCGACAUGUGGCAUGAGCGUACAUGACAAAUGUGUGCAAAGUAAUCAGGAGACUGCUCUUUGUUUGUUGUGCAAAGUACAAACUGAAACAACAUCAGAAGAUAAAGAAAACAAACAAGCAGAUACCGACAAACACCAAGAUGAGGAAGUGGUGGAAAGAGAGAACACAGAUAAACACCUAGAUGAGGAAGUGGUGGAAAGAGAGAACAUCGACAAACACCUAGACGAGGAAGUGGUGGAAAGAGAGAACAUCGACAAACACCUAGACGAGGAAGUGGUGGAAAGAGAGAACAUCGACAAACACCUAGACGAGGAAGUGGUGGAAAGAGAUGGCUUCCUUGUAGAAAGUGUUCUGAAAGUGUCAGACUUUCAUCAGGCAAAGAGAUAUCUGGUCUCUACAAGUGAAUUAAAGCGGAGAUGCUCACCACCUGAGUGUUAUUCCAGCAACACUGUGGUUUCUUAUUUACGAAAAGCAAAGGCACAGAAAAAAAAUAUAGAGGAAAAGCUGACUGGCAUGGGUGUGCAGCCCACCAAGCGAACCAAACUGACUUCACUGUGCUCUAAACUGUAUGAAGAUGAAUGCAGUGAGCUGGUCAGUGAUGUAAUGUUCCUGGCAGCAAAGUUUACUCCACAAAGGAAAGUGGUCCAGGAAAUGUGUGAAAAUGAGGAUGUCCAUGAUGCAAUUUCCAAAACUGAAGCUUGCAGGAAGACCUUACAAACACUUCUGGCGACUUUAGGGAGAAACUGGGAGACAUUUGGACAGGCAACCCAUGGGCUUGGGCCUGGUUUAAUGGUGGGCACAUUCGAGUUCAUUGACUCAUGCCUCAAAGAGAAAGUUAAAACUCUUAAAUCCUCUACGAAAGAUGUGAUCUAAGGUACAGUUGUUUAAUGCCUUUCUGUUGUAAUAAUAUGCUGUGUUUUAUAGAUGCCUAUAAUCCAUUUUAUUGUUGUAAUUGUUUUGUUAUUUGUGAUCGGAUUUGUAAUUAAAUUUUGUUCCUUGAUACAAAGGUAAAGUAUUCAAUAUUUGA